AUGGCGCCAUCAAAGUGGGAUGAGGAGGAGGACAGCGUCUCGCCUCCGCCCGUUGCCCGUCGGAGAUUUGACGACGAAGAGGAGGAAGAGGUCCUUGACUCCUGGGAUGCCGCCGACGACUCCGAAACAGAGCGAGAGAAGGCCAAGAAGGCCGAGGAGGCGUUGGCCAAGGCCAAGGCUGCCGCCGCUGCCAACAAGAAGACUAAGGCUCAACGGAUAGAGGAGCACCGCGACCAGCGCCGGCGCGAGGCCGAGGAUAGCGACGAGGAGGGUUACGAGGACGAGACCGAGGCCGAGCGUCGUGAGCGUCUGCGUCGCACGGAGAAGGACGCCGACAUGCAGCACGCCUCCGAUUUGUUCGCCGACAUUGAUAUGAACCGCAACCGUGGAGCGCCCAAGGCUGUCGUCAUCACCGACAGCGCCAACCCCACCAACUCGAUCGACCUCUCCUCCAUGCCGCUGUUCAAGCCUACCACCAAGGACCAAUUUGCGCGCCUGACUGAUGUUCUCAUCCCCUUGCUCACUCCUCAGUCCAAGAAGCCCCAUUACGCCCUGUGGGCGCAGGACUUCGCCCGCAAGCUCGUCAAGGAACUCCCCAGUGCCGACAUCAAGAAGAUUGCUAGCGCCCUGACUACCGCUAGCAACGAGAAGAUGCGCGAGGAGCGUGCCGCCGACAAGGGUAACAAGAAGACCAAGGCUGCCAAGACCAAAGUGUCUCUCAAUGCCAACCGUGACAGCCAGAUUGACAACACUGCCUACGGUGAUGAAGACGGUCUUGGUGAUGAUGAUUUCAUGUAA